UUCACUCUCCCCCUCGCCCUCUCUCUCUCUCUCCACCACUAGCUGCUCUCUCUCUCUCUCUCUCCCCCCUCUGCGGCUCUAUUUGCUGGCGCUGCAGUGAAUCUCUCCCCCGCUGUCAGAAACCGUAAAGUCAGACAGCCGGUGGUAGGCAUCUUACCGUUAAAAGUCAUAAAGCUCGCCCUAAACGUCGUCUGUAUCUGCCCGCGUCGAUCCGUCUUCGGAGCUUUAAAUUACUCUCCAAGCAGCUUCAGACCCCCCUGCAGCAAAAUGGGAAAUGAAGCCAGUUACGCCCUGGACAUGUGCUCGCACUUUGAUGCUGAUGAGAUUAAGAGGCUAGGAAAGCGAUUUAAGAAACUCGACCUAGAUAACUCCGGCUCUCUGAGUGUGGAGGAGUUCAUGUCCUUACCGGAGCUGCAGCAGAACCCCCUGGUGCAGCGAGUCAUCGACAUAUUCGACACGGACGGAAACGGGGAAGUCGACUUCAAAGAGUUCAUCGAAGGCGUCUCCCAGUUCAGCGUCAAAGGGGACAAAGAGCAGAAGCUGCGCUUCGCCUUCAGGAUCUACGACAUGGACAAAGACGGCUACAUCUCCAACGGGGAGCUCUUCCAGGUCCUCAAGAUGAUGGUGGGGAACAACCUGAAGGACACGCAGCUGCAGCAGAUCGUCGACAAAACCAUCAUCAACGCCGACAAGGACGGAGACGGGCGGAUAUCCUUCGAGGAGUUCUGUGCGGUCGUUGGUGGAUUAGACAUUCACAAAAAGAUGGUGGUGGACGUCUGAAAACCUGCAUUUUUUUCCCUUCCUCCAUUCGCCGAAGAUCUGCUUGAAGUCAUCGUCCAACAAAAAAAUGCUCAACGAAAGUAUUUUCUCUGUGAAAAGUCCCCCCCCCCUUCUCCCCCCCCUCCCUCCCUCCCUCCCCCCCCUCCCUGAGCCUUCUGAAGCCAAACUUUCACCAAGUAUUAUGGAACAGGAACUCUGUGACGCGUCGCCUCCCAACAGCCGACGGACGCUCUGAGCGCAGAGCAUCGGUUUCAGUUUGGUGGAGGGAAGCUUGUGUGUGUGUGUGUGUGUGUGUGUGUGUGCGUGUGUCUUUAAGUGUGUAUGUGUUCUGUAUGUGUAACGGUUUCUUUUUUUUCAUUUUUUUUUCCUCUCAAAAAGGUAUGCGGGGUGUUUUUAUAUUUAUUUCUUUGGUGUCAUGGUUUUCUUUUCUUUGAGAACGGGAGGUCGAUCUCAAAGGAAGUACACGUUUUGGGGGGGCGGGGGGGCGUUGGCGGUGACGUUACUUGAUUUCAGAACAACACAAACGCAGCAUGAAGUGCCAACAACAACAACAACAACAGCUUAUUGACAUGCAGUUGAAUAGCAGGUAAAGGUGUGUCUCUUUCUGUGGAACGCAUUUAUCUUACAGACACACUCUUUAAAACCACCCGUCAUUUUGUUUGCUUUCUUUCAUUUAUUUUUGUGUUCUUAAGCUCCAAGUUGUCGACUCAGACGAGGUUUUAUUUACAAUAACUCCCGACGUGUCGGGGGGAGGGGGGGGGGGGGGGAGAAAGAGUCUGACAGAAUGUUAAAAAAAAAACUUUACUUUGUAGAUUUACUGUAGAAACCGUAAUAAAUAAAACUCUUUAAAAGCUUUAUGGAAUAAAACCGAAGUUUAGCCGAGAAAAACAACGGUUUUCAUAUUUUCUCUGCGUUUAAAAAAAAAAAAAGAAAAUAAAAAUCCAAAAAGUAACCAUGAAUAAACUCCUUUCUCUCAUGAAGUAUUUACACGGUGGAAACGAUAAAGAACUCGUCUGUACACAAUCUAUAAAUAUCAUGGGUGGAGGGGGGGGGUCUGAAGGCUGGGAGACUUUUCUACCUGAAAGGACUUGUGACGUGUUUGCAUGACGUGUGAUCUGAUCGCCUCUUCUUCUUCUUCUUCUUCUGCCCGUCGCUCUUUGCAUGUAGAUCAGAUUUUAUUAAAAGCUUUUCAAGCUUUCUUAAAGCUCUUUUCUUUUUUUUUUUUUCAAAGCUGGCCUCAAAAUCGAAUGAAAUGAGUGAAACGUCUUGCGAAUGCAAAUAAUCUACUCUGCGCAUGCUAGUACACGUAUUACUGGUUUGACCACUUGCAUAUUUGAAUUUUUAUACAAUACGAUAAAAUCUACCGUUUUUUGGUGCAUGUUCAAUAGUUAGAAAUCAUGAAAAAAAAAUUAGCUACUUCAACUAUAACCCUUAAAAAAACAAACAAAAAAAAAACUUAAUUUAGCUGUAAUAGUUUCCUAAUUUAAAGGUGUGGACAUGGUGUCAGGGUUGUGUUAUUAUCAGAUAAUGUAUUUCAUGGUGAGGAUAGUAAUCUUAACAUCGUUUGUAUUGUAUUUCAUUGAUUUAGCGUUUCACAGUUUUGGCUCAUUUCAUGAAAUUCGGUGAGACCGUGUUGUGUUUACAUUUAAAUAAUGGUGAUAAAACAGGAACAUUUCAAGCACGUUGGUGUUGCCAAUAAAGGUUUAAACAUGGAGAAAAAAAAAACUGUAAUCUUAAAUGUUUUCUAGUCGCCUGCCACUCGUUUUGUUUUAGGGAUAAAACAUGUUUCCUUGGCUUUAUUUUUAUUUUUUAUUUUGGUAUCCUGCUUGUUUCAUUUGAGGUCUUUGCUGAAGGUUUAAAGGGAUGUUUUUCAUGGAGCCAACGUGGAUUCAGUCUUAGAUUUUCACUCCUGUUUUCAUCUUUGCUGCAUCACUGAAACUUCAUUCAUGGAAAAUGAGAAAUAAACUGUUUGAAAGUUG